AUGCGCUCCAUGAGGGCUCUGCAGAAUGCCCUGAGCCAGGCCGGCAGUCACUGCCGGGGCGGAAGCUGGGGUCACCUAAGCCGGAGUCCCCUCCUUGGCUGGGGCGUCCGGCACCACCUCAGUAAGGCUGCAGCGCAAAGCAGGGAGACGCCGCACAGCCGUCAGCCGCUGCACCAGGAUCUUGAUUCGUCAGAGAGUGGCAUGCUGUCCCGCCUGGCUGAUCUGCUCUUCUAUACUAUUGCCGAGGGACAGGAACGAAUCCCUAUCCAUAAGUUCACUACUGCAUUGAAGGCCACUGGUCUGCAGACGUCAGAUCCCCGGCUCCGGGACUGCGUGAGCCAGAUGCGCCGCAUGGUUCGAGAGUCCGGCAGUGGUGGCCUCUUGGACCGCGACCUCUUCCGAAAGUGUGUGAGCAGCAACAUUGUGCUCCUGACCCAGGCAUUCCGAAAGAAGUUUGUUAUUCCUGAUUUUGAGGAGUUCACAGACCAUGUGGAUCGCAUCUUUGAGGAUACCAAAGAGCUCACUGGAGGCAAAGUGGCAGCUUACAUCCCUCAGCUGGCCAAGUCAAACCCAGACCUGUGGGGCACAUCCCUGUGCACUGUGGACGGUCAGCGGCACUCUGUGGGCCAUACCAAGAUCCCCUUCUGCCUGCAGUCCUGUGUGAAGCCCCUCACCUACGCCAUCUCCAUAAGCACCCUAGGCACUGACUACGUGCACAAAUUCGUGGGCAAGGAGCCCAGUGGCCUGCGCUACAACAAGCUCUCCCUCAAUGAGGAAGGAAUCCCCCAUAAUCCCAUGGUCAAUGCUGGUGCCAUUGUCGUGAGCUCCCUGAUCAAGAUGGACUGUAAUAAAGCAGAGAAGUUUGAUUUCGUAUUGCAGUAUCUGAACAAAAUGGCUGGAUAUGAAUACCUGGGUUUCAGCAAUGCUACAUUCCAGUCAGAGAAGGAAACAGGGGAUCGGAAUCAUGCCAUCGGCUAUUAUCUCAAGGAAAAGAAGUGCUUUCCUAAGGGGGUGGACAUGAUGGCUGCCCUUGAUCUCUACUUCCAGCUGUGUUCUGUGGAGGUCACCUGUGAAUCUGGCAGUGUCAUGGCAGCCACCCUUGCCAACGGCGGGAUCUGCCCCAUCACAGGGGAGAGUGUGUUGAGCGCUGAAGCAGUGCGCAACACCCUCAGCCUCAUGCAUUCCUGCGGCAUGUAUGAUUUCUCUGGCCAGUUUGCCUUCCAUGUGGGCCUGCCAGCUAAGUCAGCUGUGUCAGGAGCCAUCCUGCUGGUGGUACCCAAUGUCAUGGGAAUGAUGUGCCUGUCACCACCACUGGACAAGCUGGGGAACAGCCACAGAGGCAUCAGCUUCUGCCAGAAGUUGGUGUCUGUUUUCAAUUUCCACAACUAUGACAACCUGAGACACUGCACUCGGAAGUUAGACCCACGGCGUGAAGGGAGAGAAGUUCGGAACAAGACUGUGGUGAACCUGUUAUUUGCUGCCUAUAGUGGAGAUGUCUCAGCUCUUCGAAGGUUUGCCUUGUCAGCCAUGGACAUGGAACAGAAAGACUACGACUCCCGCACAGCCCUGCAUAUUGCUGCAGCUGAAGGACACACAGAAGUUGUUAAGUUCCUGACUGAGGCCUGCAAAGUGAAUCCUUUUGUUAAGGACAGGUGGGGCAAUAUUCCCCUGGAUGAUGCUGUGCAAUUCAACCACCUGGAGGUGGUCAAGCUGCUUCAAGAUUACCAAGACUCCUAUAUACCAUCUGAUACUCAGGCUGAGGCAGUGGCUGAGGCCCUGUCCAAAGAGAACUUAGAGAGCAUGGUGUGAACCAGGGCAUGGACACAGACCCUGCUCAAGAAAAGGCACGACCUGGCCACACACUUAACCCAUAACCACCGAAAAUGUUAUGGAGAGCUACACUGCUUCAGUGAGGACCAAGAAAGUCAUUUGGUGACUUAGGCCAGUGCUUUCUGUGAGAGUCCAAACACCCCAUUCCCUUGGCAGACAAAGUGCAGAGAAGGAUCUCAGUGGACACUUGCAGAGAGCUACUCACAGAGACUGUGGGCUUCUUUGAAGUAUAGUCUAAUGGCUUAGCCCACUCAAAACCAUGCCAAGUUUUCACCCAGGUCCCCUCUUCUUCUUCCUGAAGAAACUAUAACUGAGAGACACUCUGGUGGAGGGGUUCCUGCUACCACAUACAUGUAUAUGUCCCAGAAGAAGGGAGAGGAGGGCCUAUUCACCUGGAGAGAUCUGCCCCCCAUUAGCCAGGACAUGCUGCUACUGCUAACAGUAAUUUUAUAGACAGAGAAAGUAUUUUGUGCUCAUAUAAACUUUAAUUACACAAAUCAUUAUUUUUGUUAAACCCAGCCCUUGUCUUUCUCCCCUAGGAGUAUUCAGCUGCAUCACCAUUAUAGAAGGUAGAAAAGAUGGAACCACAGGGUCAGAGAGGCCCAAACAGUACAUAUUUCACAUACAUACUCGUUCAACUCACUUGGUUUUCCCUGACCCCAAAUACUGCUUUAGGUUAAGUGCAAUCUGCUGCCAAGAGGGAGGGGGGCUUGGAUCUGAGCAGGCACAAAAAAUGGAUUGUGCAAAACCUCAGGCCUCUCUCUGGAAGUUCCAACUGUGGCAGAAAUGAAUAUAGGACUUCUCAAGAAUCAACGCUAACACUAACCCCCUAGAUAUCUCUGAAGUGUCUCUUACUCUUUGGUCAUGAUUGUAACUGGCACAAUGAUUGUAAUGGAUUGGCUGAGUGUCAGAGGUGUGCAGAUUAAGGCGGAUGGACUCAGGGGAUAGCUGCAGUUGUGUGGGGCUAAGGGUCUGUGGUAUUGAGGUAUGGGAGACGGCUCACUCCAACAUACUGAGUCAAUAAAGCACUUACUGAGGGAGCCAGAGCCCAGAUUCUUCAUGUGCUGUAGAGAAAGAGGCUAAUAACCGAAUUACCACUCCUCCAGCCAGAGGCAGAAAGGGUUUACUCUGAAGAGAUUUGGUAGAGCUCCAAGAACAAACAAGUUACAUGUAGGAAAGGGAGGGAGAGGUAUCAGUUAUGAAUAAAUUCAAAGCUCAAAGACACUCCCAGAACUGAAUACAAUCAGAAGGUCUAGGCACAGUGAAGCAGAUGGGCUGAAGGAAGCAAGUCAGGGAAAGCACACCCAUGGUAACCUAGGAAACUGGCAUAGUUUGGGGUCGGGGGGUGGU